AUGGACGAUGAGCGGAUCAAGGCCGCUAAGCAACUUCAACAUUAUUUGGAAUCAUUGCUACCGUCACUCACCCCGGAUACUCGUCUUAUUCACUCCUCCUCGCGGCAAUUUCAUGCGCGAUAUGAGAUGGACGGCGCCAUCAUUGGUGUGGAAGGCGCCGUUCAACAAGUCCUUGCUGCUCUUCGACGAGAGCGAAACGCCAUGUUACCAGUAUCCUAUCUCCCAGCAGAAAUCCUCGCCAAAGUCCUCAGCUAUGGGACUCUGGCUGAUACCCUCAGCGCCUCUUGGGUAUCACGCGCGUGGAGAGUGGCAGCCAUCAACACUCCUUCCUUGUGGACGUGUCUCGAUCUUGAAGCCUACCCAAACAACAACUUUAGGGCACUUCAACUCGAUCGGUGCGGAGCUCUGCCUCUCGAACUCAAUCUUCCAAUAGUCAAGGAUCUCCGAAGUGUUCUCCAACCGCAGACUCCAUAUAAGGGGCUGCUCAGCAGGUCGUAUUCCAUCUCCAACCUCCUAAAUCUGGGUGUCCUGGAAGGCAUCGACGCAUCCAGACUACAGUCCCUGCAUCUCUUUAGUGAUGCUGCCGACUUGAUGCCAUCUCGGAUAUCCGUAGCGACUCCAGCUCUGAGACAUCUCUGCAUGGAUAUGAGAAGCUGCGAGCUCAACCAUAUGGCCAUAUCGAUCAACCUUCUCCACACUCUUCAUCUCUACAUCCGUAGCGCCAAAGCCGACGUUGUCCUUAAGCGCCUUUCUGGCCUUCCUCGGCUGCAGGAGCUCUUAAUCCAGUGGCCCCCAGACGGGCCGGACGAGGAGCCAAUGGAUAUAAUAAGUCGCGAUAUCCUGACCGAACACAACGGUCUGCAAAGAAUUUACCUCAUCGAGCCCCCGAAAGACUUUCUAUCAAGGUUUUUGGCCCACUUCAGACCGGCAUCCCACACGAAUCUCUAUAUCGCUCCAUGCCAUCUCAUUUCGAAUGGGAUAUUGGCCCACCUACGCCACCAGAUUGCGACUCAUACCCUGUGGAUGGAUCCUCAUUUGUGUUCAUUCACAUUUGACCAUGGAACAUCUGUCACCAAGAUCAUGGACACGCACGUUGAGUCGACAAGUUUUCGCGGAUUGCCGGAUCCCGUUGGUUUAGGGAACCUAACGUCCAUCAUCAUCAACAGUGGUCCACCUCCAACGUCCAGGGACCUGCGUAUUCUUACCAAGUUGACCAAAUUCUCCUUUACUUUUGAGCCCGCUCCGUUAGGAGUCCAACAGUCACCACUGGCAGAUACAUUAAACGAAGAGCUUGUCAAAAGCUGCCCUCAUCUCCAGGAGCUCGCAUUAGUUCUCCGCAAACCCCUUAGCACCAAUUUUUUCGUCAAAGAUCAAGCCCUGGAGACAGUUCUAUCGUUCUUAGAAGCAUGGCUUCUCGAAUAUGAAGUCGUGUUUGGCACCGUACGUAUCAGCGAUAGAGUCAAACCACAGCGAUGGAGCUCUCAGCUCGACGUCCUCUCCUCGAUCACCUGGUUAUUCGAGCUCCGAGAUAUUGAUCUCGCGAGUCAAGCUCCAGAAUUUCCGGUGCCUCGUCGAUUUGUCCCACAGCGACCUCCACUUCGCUGGAGAUUACCGGCACCGAUGCUCGCACCGCUGGACAACUUUGUAAACCUUGAUAGGUAG